AUGUUGCUCGACUUGCUCUUGGCGCUGCCCUUGUGGCAGCUCGUGGCACUUGUGACGGUUGUUGUCGUUGGUUCUGUGCGCUGGUUUCUGCACCAGCAACACCAUGGCUGCAUCCCCCGCGGCUACAGCUCGGCCAAAUUCAUCCGACCAGAGCAGAUGCCUGAGCACAAGGAGGGCCAUCGCGAUGAAUACAAGGGCUCAAAGGUUCCCAAGGACAUUGAUGUGAUCCUCGUCGGCUCAGGCAUUGGUAGCUUGAGCUGUGCUGCCAUGCUUUCCCGUGCCGGCAAACGCUGCCUGGUCUUGGAGCAACAUCACAUUGCCGGCGGCGCCACCCACGCCUUUACCAGCAAGGGCUUUGAAUUUGAUACAGGUAUCCACUACAUUGGCAACAUCCACAAGCGCCAAAAGUACUUUGACCUCAUGACGGAGACGCCGCUCGAGUGGGACCGCAUGGGCCGCUUGCCAUGGGAUAUCGAAGAGGCUUACGAUGAGCUCCGCAUUGGGGACAAGUCGUACUUCCUUUCAGCCGGCAUUGACAACUACGUCGAAGCGCUUGCCAAGCACUUUCCCGAAGAGCGCGACACCAUUCGCCGUUGGGCCGAGUGCUGCAUCGAGGCUUCCAACAAGUCCCUGUUCUUUGGCCUCAAGAUUGCCCGUCCACGCUGGCUUGCCCGCCUUCUCAACCGACUCACCGGACAAACCUUCUUCAAAAACACCCAGCGCACAGCCAUGGAGGUGGCCAAGGAGUUCACUUCCAACCCAGAGCUUUUGGCUGCCAUGACCGCUCAAUUUGGUGACUAUGGGCGCUCCCCCACCGAGGAGUCAUUUUUUCUGCACGCCUCUGUUGCCAACCAUUACAUGAACGGCGGUUGGUACCCACGCGGCGGAUCAACCGUCAUUGCCAAGGGCAUUGGUCGUGUCAUUGAGCGCACGGGCGGCCGCGUGCUUGUUCGCGCCCCUGUGGAAGAAAUUCUCAUCGAAGAUGGCAAGGCUGCUGGCGUGCGCUUGGAGAACGGUGAUAUCAUCAAGGCAGGAACUGUUGUGGCCGGCUGCGGUGUCCUCAACACGUACACCAAGCUUCUGCCACCCGAGCACGUGCCCAAGUCCAUCACGGACAAGAUCACAGAGCUGGGCGUCUCGUGCAGCAUGGUGUACGUGUUUGUCGGCAUGAAGGGCACGCCCGAUGAGCUCAAGCUGCGCACCAGCAACAUCUGGCACUGGCCCGAAAAGGACUAUGAUGAAAUGCUUCAAAAAUGGUUUGACGAUCCUGAGACCGCCGAACCCCCAGUGUUUCUCGGCUUCCCCUCUGCCAAGGACUCCACCUGGAACGAGCGCUUUCCUAACCAGGCCAACGCUGUGCUUUUGACCAUGUGCCCAUACGAAUGGUGGGAGUCUUGGGAGGGCACCAUUCACAAGCGCCGCCCCGAUGAUUACAACGCAAAGAAGGAGAUGAUUCAAGACAAGGUGCUGGAGGUCUUGUUCAAGUAUUAUCCUCAGUGCCGUGACAACAUCACCCUCUUGCGCGUGAGCACUUCCUUGACCUUUAACCACUAUCUACGAUCCCAACGCGGCGAGGUCUAUGGCCUGGAAUCGUCUCCGAUGCGCUUUCAGGAGGAUGAUUGGCUUCGUCCCGAUACCCAUAUCCCUGGCCUCUACCUGACGGGCCAGGACGUCCUGACUCUCGGCGUGACCGGUGCAUUGAUGGCGGGCGUGCUGACGGCCCAUUCCGUUCUGGGCUAUGGGAGCAUCGUGGACGUUGCCAGUGGUCGCAAUUUGGUGGAGGACAUCUGGCAUCUGGACGCGUCGAAAAAGGAUGCUCAGCUCAAGAAGAUCGAUUAG